AAAUGCCCUCACAUCAUAGCCGAAUGCGUCAACCACACGGUAACCAGCCAGGGGCAUCUCACCAGCGCAAAGCCCGCCGUAUUUCGGCCUAAAGCAACAGGAUACUUGCCAGGAUAAAGAAUACUUAAACGCCGCCUGGAAGACAAAGGUCAUCCAUAACCAUGGGGUUCACUCGCCUUGUGACGCUGUCUGUCACAGUGAUCCACCUAGUUUCAGGGAUGAGCUUUAUGACUCCUGAGCCUGAUACACCCCCAACAUCCCCCCCAGACUCCUACCCACUGGGCGACAUGAUCCAUGCUGCCCUGCAGAGUAAGGAAUACUUGGGACGUGCUUCUGCAGACACAGGUACCACCACCAAUCCGACUCAGGCUGCACCCGGGAUGGGGCAGACUGAGUCAACAGCCACUGCCAUGUCACCAGGGCUGCUGACAACAGCUUUAAGCUCCUCUUCAGCUGCUAGCCAAAAGGGAUCGAGGAAUACCAUGUCCCCGCUACCCAUAGAGGAGGAGACAACUACCACUCUGAUUACCACAACCACCAUAACCACAAUGCACAUGCCAGUUCAAUGCAACGCUACUUUAUUAGCCAUGGAGGAUGUUGUUGAGUCUCCAGAUCCCACAACAUCUUCAUCUUAUUCCCCCUUGGAGUGCACCUACAGCAUUACUGUGUACGCAGGUUACGGAGUGGAAAUUCAGGUGAGAAAGGCUAACCUUUCCAAGGAUGAGUCUCUAACAAUCAUGGGAUACGGCAGAUCAGGACCAGAGCUGUUAGCCAAUGAGACCCUGAUGAAACAGGGUCAGGUGAUUCGUAGUACAACCAAUCAGGUUUACAUCCACUAUCGCAGUCUGCGUCAGAGCAACCAUGGCAUGUUCAGCCUCCACUAUCAAGCCUUCCUGCUGUCCUGCCCAUUCCCAAUGUCUCCUGAGGGCGGUGGAGUGACAGUGACAGACAUCCAUCCUGGAGGUCAGGCACACUUCCACUGUGAUCCAGGUUUUCAAGUCCGCGGGCAUGAGGUGGCGACCUGUGUUAACAUGACGCAGCCACGCUGGAGCACUCCUGAGCCUCAGUGUGUUGCCGUGUCUUGCGGAGGGUGGAUUCGUAAUGCGACUGUGGGACGGAUACUGUCCCCACCGCCUCCAUCAGUAAGCAACCACAGCAAUGGAAAUAAUCUGAGCUGUCACUGGUUAAUAGAAGCCAAAGAGGGACACAGACUCCACCUACACUUUGAGAGAAUUGCACUGGAUGAAGAUGAUGAUAAGUUAAUUGUGCGCAGUGGAAACAGUUCCCUGGCUCCGACGCUUUUUGACUCAGAUAUGGAUGACGUCCCAGAACGUGGGUUGCUGAGCGAGAGCUCCACACUGUACCUGGAGCUCACAGCUGAUUCUUCUUCCAUCCCUUUGCUGCUGGCGCUGCGAUAUGAGGCUUUCGAUGAUGAGCACUGCUGGGAGCCCUACAUGCCUCAUGGAAACUUCAGCAGCAGUGACAUCACGUAUCAGCUGGGAACCAGCGUCACCUUCACCUGUUCUCCAGGCUUUGUCAUGGAACAAGGUUCAGGGACCAUUGAGUGCGUCGAUCCCAGUAACCCUCACUGGAAUGACAGCGAACCUGUGUGCAGAGCUUUGUGCGGAGGGGAGUUGACCGAGCCCUCUGGAACCAUCCUGUCUCCUGAUUGGCCCCAGAGCUACUCCAAGGGCUUAGACUGUGUGUGGCAAAUCCAUGGUAACGAGGAGAAACGCAUUGAACUGGAUGUCCAGAUUUUAAAUAUCCGUCACACUGAUGUGCUGACCAUUUUUGAUGGGCGUGAUCUCACGUCCCACGUGAUCGGCCAGUACCUGGGGUCCAAAGAGCGUUUCCAGGUUGUUUCAGGGGGGUCUGAGGUUGCCAUCCAGUUUCAGAGCGAUCUGGACGACUCCAGCUUCAUCCUGAGUCAGGGAUUCCUCAUUCAUUAUCGUGAGGUCGAACCUAAUGACACCUGCCCUACCCUUCCUAAUAUUGAGUUUGGCUGGAUCAGCUCAUCCCACUCCUCCCCCGUGAGAGGCAGCGUGCUGACCUAUCAGUGCCAGCCGGGGUAUGACAUCAGCGGCUCUGACGUAAUCACCUGCCAGUGGGACCUGUCCUGGAGCAGCAGUCCGCCUACCUGCGUUAAGGUACAGCAGUGCCCUGACCCAGGAGAGGUGGUAAACGGAGCACGCUCCGUGCGCCCCGAAACAGGCUUUGCCGUUGGUACAGUGGUUCGUUUCUCCUGUAACCAGGGUUAUCAGCUGGAAGGUCCCAGCCAAAUCUCCUGCUACGGACGAGACACUGGUACCCCCAAAUGGAGCGACCGCAGCCCAAAGUGUGUCUUAAAAUAUGACCCAUGUCCAAACCCUGGAGUCCCCGACAAUGGUUACCAAACUCUUUACAAGCACACCUACCAAGCUGGAGAAACUCUGCGAUUCUUCUGUUAUGAGGGCUACGAACUUAUCGGUGAGGUCAUCAUCAGCUGUGUUCCCGGUCAUCCAUCUCAGUGGAACAGCCCGCCGCCCUUUUGCAAAGAAGUGGCAUAUGAGGAGCUAUUGGAUGAUCACAAGUUAGAAGUGUCCCAGUCAUUCCAGCCAUCCCAUCAGAUCCUGAGUGAGAACAUUGCUUUGGCAAUAAUUCUGCCAAUCAUCCUGGUCAUCCUCCUCAUUGGAGGAAUUUACAUGUACUACACAAACAUCUGCAGACUAGAAUGGAAGCCACACUUCUGGAAGUCUCUUUCUCACACGCACUCCUACAGUCCCAUCACAGUCGAAUCAGACUUCAACAACCCCCUUUAUGAAGCAGGGGAUACGCGGGAGUACGAAGUGUCCAUUUAGUGGAGAAAGGGUCUUGAAACCAUCGAAUGAUUCAAUUCUUUGGGAAGACAAAUUCCUCUGUAUUAUAAGGCCUCACUCCCCCUUUUAAAGUCUGGAUUAUGUUUCUGUUUUACCAUCACUGUAAUAUCUGGUUUAUUCACCUUGGAUAUGAUUUCUUCUGAUUUUCUGCACUGAUGUGGUGGUCUGCCAAAUGUGAGUCCUAUUUCAUCCUCUAUCAUUAGGACCGGUGCCUUAUAAAGGGUAAGAAAUUGUCAACAAAGAAAAACAAAAAAGCGAGAGUAGAGCUGGAGAGCGGGGAAGGGUAAAGGGAAAUGGAUUUGUCUAGUUAGUAAAAACAGAAUGAGGCCAAACAUUAAAGAACUUGGCAAUACUUUAUUUGUAACAAUCAAAAGUUGAGAUCAUAAUACAUCCUGUGUUUCUCUUGUAUUUUUAAAGCGGUUCGUACAUCAUUACAGUACAGGGAAAGAAUUGUUUGAUUUUAUCCUGGAAAAAAAGUGAUUUUCUCUUCUUUACUUUUUCUUCGUGUGUGCAAAACACU